GGAUUUCUUUUGGCUCCGAGCACUUCCACAGCUUUCUUUGCAUCAACAAUUUCCCAGACAUGCGCGCUUCGGCCAAUGUGCGCGGCAGGCACAAAAUUUCUUCGCAUGGCCACCAGUCCCCCACAAACGCUCACGCCAGCAUUGGUCAACAGCUGAGAAUUCAACGGUCGGCAGAGGAAGCGGCGGCAGUGGAACAAGAACAAAAUUGCAAGUGUAUCGUUUAGUAAAAGACACGGUUAUGUAAAUCGUGCUUACAAGCUGUGCAAAAUUAAGAAACAAACGUAAACAUAUCUUGGAAAGAAGUCGUCCUCAUCAUGUUGAUGUCCAUUGUAUAUAGAAAUCUUCACGGAUUAAGGGGGCCUGCCCUGAACUUGAACCUGAUUGGCACGCGUAGCUUGUGGCAUUGGCAGCUACAUCAACUGCAAAAAAAUGUAUAUGGUCAUCAUAUUCACAUAUUGGGGGCAAGGACGCGGCACUACGUUCAAGCCCCCGAGGCCCGCGCAUUACCAGAUGAUAGAACUUCGGCAGGACUGCAGCAGCCACCGCCGCAGCAGCAGCAACAGUCAAAGGGUGAACAGCAACAGGAUUUGGCACAGACACAGUCGUCAACGGAUACUUUAACGCCAACAGAGAAUAAGGACGGAAAUCAAACGGACGGUGACUCCACAUCUGAAAAAAUGUCGUCUCCUGUCGAUGUGCCCUACGACAUUAGUUGGAUUUUUCCGAAAUUACGUAGACCUUCCAAACUUUGGUAUUUUACCAGCCAACUUGUGAUUACGCUUGUUGGAAUAUUUAGUAAAAUUAUUCUAGUGGUGCUGAACAAGACGCACGUCUUUAACAAAGAACGAUUAGUACAAGAAGUUUCUAAGCGGCCCAAAGGCAUACCACUUGUAACAGUUUCCAACCACUAUUCCUGUUUUGAUGAUCCGGGCAUAUGGGGCGUGUUGCCCUUUCGUUAUCUCUGUAGCACCAAGUAUAUAAGAUGGUCCAUGGCAGCGCACGACAUUUGCUUCACUAACAAAAAACAUUCAACAUUCUUUAUGCUGGGCAAGUGCAUACCUGUUGUGCGUGGCAAUGGAGUCUAUCAGGAUGCUAUUAAUCUGUGCAUUGAGAAAUGCGCACGAGGCGACUGGGUUCACGUAUUUCCAGAGGGCAAAGUUAAUAUGGAGAAAGAGGAGUUGCGACUCAAAUGGGGCGUCGGUCGUAUCAUAUAUGAGUCACCUAAAAUUCCCAUAAUUCUGCCCCUGUGGCAUGCAGGUAUGGACGAUGUGCUGCCUAAUGUGGAACCAUACAUGCUACAGGUGCGUAAAAAGGUAACCAUUAACAUAGGCCAGCCACUGGAUCUAAAUGACUUCAUAAAUGAUCUGCGAGCUCAAAAUGUGCCAGAGCCUACAGCACGUAAACUUAUUACGGACAAAAUCCAAGAUGCCUUUCAUGAUUUGCGAAUCGAAACUGAAAACUUGCAUCGAGCAAGGUCUUAGUGCCGUCAGCCAGUCGGGAUGAAAUAAUUACACUUAUUUAUUUAUAUAUAAUUAAGCCUAAAAUGAAGCCUUCAUGAAAGAAAAAAUUGUAUAUUUAAUGUAUUAAAUACUUAUUAAGUAUGCGAAGGCAUUUGCAAAGCAGCAAGUAAUUGUUGAAACUGUUCGAAAAAUAAAUUACAUUAUGUGAAUGUUUAGCGUAAGCAUUAGAGUGUGUAUAGACAGUUCAAAUAAAAUAAUAAAUAACUCAACU